CAGCCACAGGGACCCAGCACACAGGGCCGUGAUCGAUCAAGUGAGAAGAAUUUUGGAAAGACUUCAUCUUCAUCACCUCAACUCUCAUUUCCAUCAUCUGGCUCAGCAUCAUGAAAGCCAGCAGCAGAAAUAAAGACCAUUCAGCAGAUGGCGAUGGGACUGGAAAAAGACCAAAGCGGAAGUGUCUUCAGUGGCAUCCACUGCUUGCCAAAAAGAUGCUGGACUUCUCAGAGGAAGAGGAGGAAGAUGAGGAGGAUGAAGAUAUCGAUAAGGAUAAUUUGAUGGCCACAGAGGGUCUUGAACACGAGGUGGAUGAGACCGAAGAUGACGACGCCUCCGAGCAGCGGGCUCGCAGGCCAAUGAACGCAUUUCUUCUCUUUUGCAAACGCCAUCGCUCCCUGGUUCGUCAGCAGCAUCCCCGUCUCGACAACCGCGGCGCUACCAAGAUUCUGGCUGAUUGGUGGUCUGUUCUAGAUCCAAAGGAAAAGCAGAAAUACACAGACCUGGCUAAGGAGUACAAAGAUGCUUUCCUGAAGGCCAACCCUGGUUACAAGUGGUGUCCAACAACAAACAAACCUCUGAAGAGUCCGUCGCCCACUGUUGCAACCAGAAAGAAGCUCUGGACAUUCCCAACGGAACCAGCAAAGGAUUUUGCCAUCACCAAAAGGGUAGUGAAGACAGAGGAGAUUCCACAUAUCAACUUUGCCAUGGCAGAUCCCACACAGAUGGGAGGACUAAGCAUGCUGCUCUUAGCAGGAGAACAUGCCUUGACAACCAGAGAGAUUUCCUCCAGCACAACACAGUCAGGGGUUCAUGACUCUACAAAGCAGUGUGGGAAUUCGGCAUUGUUUCAGUUAGCAGAGAUGUGUUCGGACCGGUUGGUGACGGAGGGAGUAAAACCCGAGCCUUCGGCGGGCAGUCCGGAGGAGCGGAGCACGACCGAGGUCCCCAUCGUUAAUUCUGCAGUGGGCACAAAGGAGAACUGCGAGGUCAAGCCUCAGGACUGGAACGCUAACGACAGGCCGGCGUUUUCGUUAAGCGACGCUCCUCCUUCUUCUCCUUCGCCCAGACUCGUCAAAAUCGAAAAGAUUAAGAAGAAGAAGAAGAAAAAAGUUAAGCUCGAAUCCACCAAAGAUGAAAAACUGGCAGUCAAAAAGAGUGGGAAAAAGCGGAAAUCUUCAGAGUCUGACAUGGAGAGUUUGAUGUACACCAUUGACGCUGUUGCUAAGGGAGACUGGGGCACUGGGAAACCUUCGGUCAGCCCGCUAACAAGUGUCCGAUCCCCAACAAAGGUGGCCGAUAACCUCUUGUGGCCUGCGCUCAGCCCACCAAAGAAAAAAAUGAAACCAAAACAGAUAAAACUAAUCACAGAGAAGGUUUCAGAACUCAACAAACAUUCAAAGGCCUCUGAAGUUGAGAAAGUUAGCACCACCACCACCACCACCACCAGUCCCGUGGAGAACAUCAGAACGGAACCUUUGCCUAGCCCAGAGCAGAUACUUUGCCGGGACGCACUAGUUCAAGUGAAAACUGAGAGCAAGGAAAUUGGUAAAAAGAUGGAGCCUUCCGGGUCCCGGAAAUCUGAACGGUCGUGCAAAGGGGCUCUUUAUAAGACUUUGGUGUCAGAAGGCAUGCUGACCUCUUUACGAGCUAAUGUCGAUAGAGGUAAGAAGGCCUCAGGGAAAGGGGGCUCCUCUGACCACGAAGGAUGCUGGAAGGAGGAUGAUUGGCCAUUUUCACACGCUGGGACCAGUGGAACCAAGAAGUUGAAAAAAUUUAAACUGAAAGACGAAUCUGUUCUCCGUUUAGGGAAUCUGGAGCAGGAGUUCGAAAAGAAAUUUAACAGCCUUCCCCAAUACAGCCCGGUAACCUUUGACCGCAAGCACACGACGUCCACAAGGAAAAAGAAAAAGAACAGGAGUGUGGCCAUUGAGCAUCAGAAAUCUGAUAAAGGAUCAUCUCCAUCUCAGAAAAAGGCCUUAUUCCACAGCAUAGUCAGCAAGUAUAAGCACAAAAUGGAGACACAACACUUACCUGAUGAAGCCAUAAUAUCACAGGAUGCAAACACUGCUGAACAGGCUCAGAAAGUGGAGCAUGCAACAUUAGUUCCGACCAGCCCCGGAUCGGGAGUGACGCAAGAACCCCUCGUCGGCAGCCAAAAGCGCAAGGCCAGGAAAACAAAAAUAACACACUUAAUACGAACAGCCGAUGGUCGAUUGUCACCUGCAGGGGACGUAACCAAGGCGAAGAUGCCAUGCAAACAGGAAAAGAAAAAACAGCCAUUAAAAUCGGAUACUUUUGACAGAAGCUCAAAGACUGAGCAGGCGUGCGGUAUUUCACCAGAAAUGCCAACUGCAUCUGCAAUCCCAGCAUUCCUCAGUUUAUCCGCCUUGGCAGAGGUUGCAGCAAUGGAGAAUGUGCACAGAGGCCAGCAUGCAGUUACUCUUAACCAUGAUGGACAGCCAAAGGAAAUGGCCCAACAAACCCCAGUACUGAUCUCCUGCGCAGACCAAUAAUACAUCGUUAUUUUGUAUCUCUACAAUGGCUCGAAACACAGGAGAUUGGUCCAUUAGACUCACCAUCGACUGCAUUGUGGGAAUCUUGCCUUCUGUGACUGAGUUCCUUACAAAACAGCUGGAAGGCGCUGACUCGGCAGAAUUCCGUGGACAGGCUUGGGAAAGCGAGCGUUGGGGGGAAGAAGAAAAAAACGUUUUACGAAACGGGGCUCAAACUAGUUUCUUCAGCUUUCGUUCCUUCUCUGAAGACGACCUGGUUUAAGAAAAACAAAAGUAAAUCGCUGUUACAACAGAAUAACUGCCCUUCAAACGUCCUGGCGAUUCUGGCAGCUUCACGCCAGGUGAUCGGAGUGUUAGCUACUAGAGUUUCCUACAACUUCUAGCUUUUCUCAAGUAACACUGAUGCACUGUGCUAGUGACUAGAUAUUGUCAAUCUCUCUCUCUUUUUCUCUCUUCCUCUUUUUUUAAAAAAAGAAACCUAUUACGAUUUUAGUUUCACAGAGAACUGUUUAAUCAUGAACUUCUGUCCAGACAUGCACACAGAGAGAGAGGAUGUGGCAGGAAUAAAAGAUUGUUGAGAAUGCUGCAUGAUCGACCAUCAUAUUAAGCAUCACUUUUCCAACGCCACUGUUUAGUUGAGAUUCUCUGUUAAUCUCGAGUCGAGCUUUAAAUAGCACAAUCUGUCUUUGUGUACAGACGGUACCAAUUUUUUUUACAUAAUCUUUGGCUUUCUCUCGCUAAACCUCACUGGCCCUGCGUUGUGGGCCAGUUUACUGGACGUGACUGUUUUCCAAUACUGUUAAGAUGUGUAAAGUAAUUUGCUUAUUUUUAAGCAAUUAGGCACUAAUAGUGGCAGAAAUCCUGCAAAGCUUUUUAGGUCCUAACUGUUGCACUGCUGUGUUUUUUACAGUGAAUGAUUAUUAUGGUGGUUGUAGGGUUACUAAUUCAGCGAAUUACUGAGGAGAUAUUCAGGUUUUUAUUUCAGGUUGCAGAAGUAUAUCAGCACAAAAAAAAAUGUCUUCUGUCAGACCAACAGCUAGAAUUACCGAUGUUUAGUACUGCUUAGCUCGAAUGCAAAAUCUGUUUCUGCACACAACAAUUGCUGAUCAUGUUACCAGAAUGGAACCCGGUUGAGUGGCGAAUAGGAGUUACGAGGUAGUUGCACAAAUCUGAGGGGCUUGCAAAACAGUCAGCACUCUGAGGGAUGCAGUUCUCCUUAGCGCUGUUCAGCGAUGUCGUUGCAACACCAAUUUGAUGUCCGUGAAUUAUGGUCAUUACCUUGACAUCAGUCGGUGAUCGUGUGAGAGCAAAUCUAUUUUUCAGGGAUCUUACAGGGUUAUUCAGUGUAUUUGUAUAUAAUGCCCCCUUUUUUAUAUAUAAACAGCACAGAAAGGAGUAGCACGUUGCAAUCGUUUCAGAGAUGACUUGUUCUCUUACAAGAUCAUGACUGGAAUUCACUAGAAGACGUUUUAAACUAGCAAAUGGCACAGUUGCAGUGAAACUUUAUCAUGGGAUCCGACAUCUGAAGGUAAAACAAAACUAACUGCUUGAAGCCGAUGGCAGUGGAAUCCAGGUGGUGAGCACUUGAAAUGUUGUGUACCAAAUCCAAUGAUUGUAUGAGUUUGCAGUUCAGGUGUAAGUCCCGUUUUCUCUCUCUCUCUCACUCACGGACUCUCACACACACACACACACACAGACAUUAACAGUGGGUGGGCAGACAUUACACCUGGAUCUAGAUUUACUCUUAACGUAGCAUUUCAGAAUCCAGCAGAAUUUGUCAAUUUCUUUAAAUAGAGGGCUUUUAUUUUUGAAGGUGGUUUCUUGUGAGUUUCUUAUAAGAGCUACAGAAAACAGGGCUUCAAACUUGAAACCAAAUUCAACAACUUGCCAACCUCUGCACGCUCUGAAAUUCUACAUCAAAGGGUAAACCUCGACCUAGCUGGAAUUUCUAGCUGCGUCUGUUUCACGAGUUGUGUAAGCCCCUGGGGACUAUUUGUGAGAUGUUUCAUUGGAUGUUAAUUAAAACCAGAGCACCUGAAA